AUGUGCCCGACAACUGACAACAGUGACCCUCACGAGAUUGAAGCGCGCUUUUGGGAGUUUCAUCAACAGAAUUUUGGGAUUGCGUUGCGAGAGAUCCGCAAUGGUCAGAAGGAAGGCUGUUGGAGUUGGUACUUUUUCCCGACGCCACCCUACAUUGUGGACGGAGUGGAACGAGGAUCGUCCAUGAAUCGACGCAUGGCACUGCGAGGAGAUGACGCUGUGAACGCCUUUUUGACUUUCCAAAAAGAUGGGGUGGAUUUGCGGCGGAAUUACAUUGCCAUUGCGACCGAAAUGCAGACACAAUUGCAGCGUUCGGGCAUGACUUUGCUAAAGCUCGUGGGACCAUUGGAUGAUGCCAAAGCCAUUAGCAGCUUUCGGCUUUUUGAAAAGGUUGGGGCACAACGCAAAGAUGAAGAAUUGUACGUCCUCUGUGGCGAUCUCUUGGAAUUGUGUGGACACAAACGAGCGUAUCCAGUCCCCACUGCAGCAGCACCACCACCACCAGCAGCGGCACGCAAAAAGCGACGGAUGUUCAAGGGUCUCCUAUUUGGUUUUUUGAACCGAAAGAAAUCGUCGAAAGCCAACAACAAGAGCAAGGAUUGA